ACAGGUAGAUCGCGGUACUGGUGGAUGAGGAGAGAGCCGACUACAUGUUGUACAUAGGCGAUUGUGUCUGUAGUCAUCCACAGAGGAACAGAAUCAAACACGCAUGUCCGGUAACAUAGGACUGUCGGUGUAGAUCGUAGAAAAAACAAUAUGGAUGCUGUGUAUGUUUGCUUCUCCAUGAUAUUGGCAGGUAGCCAGGUCGUGUCAGGGUGGUCAGCGAACGGGGAGAUGUCUGUACGACAGGACUUUAUAGAGACGGACACUUACCACUAUCUCGUCCGUCCUAACGACACAGUCCAUGUCAAGGCUGGCCUAAAUAUCCUCACCAUUAACGGACUGGACAACGCUGCCCAGCAGUUCUCGGUGACUGGUUGGCUGACAGUGGAGUGGGAGGACGAACGACUGGUGUGGACCCCUGGUAACAAAUACGACACUGAUCAUGUUUACUCAACGUUUGGCGAAAUCUGGAUCCCAGAGCUUUUCGUAGACAACUCAGUGGAAGACGUUUCCGUCCUCUAUGAUGAGAAUCUCUUCCUCCGUGUCAGUCAUACUGGGAGGGUCGGCCUAGACUACCCACGGAUAUUCCAUACCACUUGUAAUGUCGAUGUGACGUCAUUUCCCUUUGACACCCAGAUCUGUGUACUGGAGCUAACUAGCUGGGCAUAUACUAUCCAAGAGUUGGACCUCGAACAUUUAUUGCCAGAAGUCAACGCCCGGCUACUCAGCCCAAACGGUGAAUGGAGCUACAUUGGUUCCAGUAUCAAUCGUGACGUCAUCAUUGAGGAAACAUCAUCCGGUCAAUCGCAAUAUGCAAUGCUGAGGUAUGCAAUGAAACUAGAACGAAUGAGGUCAUUCUAUGUGACCAACAUCAUACUACCGGUGACAUUAACUGCCAUACUGAACGUGCUGGUGUUCAUGAUACCUAACGACUCGGGGGAGAAGAUAGGCUAUGCCCUUACUAUCCUAUUGGCGUUAGCUGUUCUGCUGACCAUGAUCGCUGAUAGCAUGCCUCACACAUCAUUACACGUUUCUGUGCUGUCAUUUUAUCUGGCCCUGACGUUGUGUGUGUCUGUGUUCUGUGUCGCAUGCUCGGUCGUCAUUCUUCGCCUCUACCUGAAGGACCCCAAUGACGAAAGACCGGCCUGGGCAAAGUUAAUAUGGAAACACGUUGGGUUUUUAGUUCGACCGACUGUUUAUCCAAAUGAAAAUGAGGUUCAGCAUUUCAAUGCUAACGGAGAAGGAGAAAUGAAACCACUAUCGGCAGACACUACGGCUGUCCAGCUCGACAAUGUUGCCGAAAUGAUCCCAACAUGGGCGGAUGUCGCCAACGCUUUGGAUUGGGUCGCUUUCUUCGUCAACACUGCCAUAAUCGUCUUCGUAACUAUCCUCGUCAUGAUUAUUCUUUGUUUAUGAAACCGUAGAUAUACUAAGUAAUGUUAUCUACCAUGCUGCUUAGUUCUGAUAGUGAUAUAACCACCAAAUGGGUAAAAUAGUGAUAGUCAAAAUAAAUUUUCCUUGAAUGCUGCGUAAUCAUAACAGGAUGUUCCUUCAGCUGCAGGGUUAUGUUAUCACAGGAAUGUUUCAUUUUGAGGUAAAAUAUUGCUUAACUGAAUAGAUUAUACAUCUCUGUCGACCAAAGUGGCAUAUGCUUUCCGUUCAAGCUUCAAUGAUCACCCUAAUACGAUUAAAUAAAUCUGUGUUCCUCUCGAACUUAGGUGAUCACCGUGAUACUAUGUCAUAGAAAAGGCCUUCCUUUCACGCUUCAAUUGCCAUCCCACUACGAUAACAUGUAGUUAUGUGUUCCUUUUACGCUUCAAUGAUCACCAACUACAACUAAAUGUUCAUGCCACGGUUCAAUUAUCACGUGUUCCACAAUAUACCAUAACAAACAAAUGUGUGUUCCUGUCAUGCUUAAACGUUUGUUUAUAUUUGGCGCAUUUCCUUGCCGUACAUUGCAUGUAAAUGUAUUUUAUUAAGAAAAAUUAAUAAAACAGUCUGAGAUAAUA